AUGCAUGCAUUUAUUUUUGUCGGCUGUUUUGGGGGUCAUCUCAAACGAGAGGGGGAUGGCCUGCGUUGGCCCCAGCCAGCGGCCGUCGCCAGCACUUUGCGUAAUUUUGAGCAUAGUUACGACACGGGACCGCUGCGAGAGAGUGUGUGCGCGCGGGAUAAGAGGCACUGCAGCGGAGUUGGGAUGUUCAAGGAACGCGAAAUGCGCAUUCCUGAUCGUCCACUGCCCAUCAACUCCGUCGUGAACUACGGAGGAUGUAUCUCUUCAUUGUUCAACAACAUGCGGGUUUGCUGCAACGUCUCCCAUUGUUGGACUUUUGUGGCCCAUCGGUCGGGUCGCAUAUCUUUCGAAUAUGCGUCGAAGCGCAAAAGCGCCCUUGACGUGAUCAAAGUGCAGACCCAGCGGAAAAUUCAAACAAAUCAGCGUCCAGACAGGAAUCACCCAGCCUCCUCAGAAAGAAAGUUUGGCAUUUAA